AUGUAUCAGUUUGGGCCCAGAUUUAAGAAGCGGAAUACAACAGGUCCAGCCUUUCAGGAGGGCGGCCCUCACGAGGCGCAUGGGGUGAUGUGGGAAAUGCUGGGGAGCGCCGGAUCCAGUCCUCUGGCCCUGAGCAUCCUUUCAGGCGGUGCGGCACCAGAGAAGGCCAUUCGUGUGCAUGCACUGCUGCAGCUGCUAGCCAAGGCGGUAGCGUGCGGUGGUGGUGUGUUGUGGGGCCGGGCUGUAGAAUCCACGAUGCGGGAGCUGUUCACGACACUGCGGCAGGAGCAGGCGGGCGGGGGUGCUGCAUCAUCGCCGGUGGCGGCGGUAGAGGUGUCAGGGAGGGCAUCGGAGGGACGAUGCGUACGGGAGCGGACCCGUGCACGCCGCAACCAAGCCUAUCACGGCGAACGGAAAUUUCACAGCCACCUCCAUGCAUUUGAAUCACUCCUUUCAAAAUCCUGGACCAUCACGGAAGUUCAGUACGUGCAGUGCCACGGCUAUUUCCACUGCCUCGUUCCGCAACUCAGGGUAGAGAGACUGCAAGGUCCCGCGGCCCUGCUCCUGGCCUGUUGUGUGCAGCUACACCCGCCGAUGCUGCUGCCGCUGGUCCAGCGCUUGUGUGCCGUACUACCUGUCCUCAUUAACAGUCCCCGUCGGGAUGUCCGCCAGGCGGGUCUCUGUCUGUUGGGUAUGGCGUGGCGAGCAGCCGCCGGCGGCUCCCACUCCCAGCUUCAGACCAUGAUCCUGGACACCCCCCGGCUGAUGGAGCUACUAGCUGAGCGUAUGGAGCAGGACAAGGAGGAGAAGGAGCAGGGGGGCUGCUUCGACGUGCUGUGGGCGAUGCGGGAGGUGGCGGCAGAUGCGGGGGGGUUAGCCGCCCUGGAGCGAUGUGGUGCAUUGCAGGCCGCAUGCAGGGCACUGAAGCGCCUUGUUGUUGCUGCUGCUGCUGCUCAAGGCGACGGCGGGGGCGGGGGCGGCGGGGGCCCGGUUGGGGUAAGGGGCCCACUACCUGAGCGGACUGGUGCUGGUGCUGGUGCUGGUGCUGGUGCCCCGGCAGGAAUGGAGAAGGUGGCGAAGAGGGGCUCCAAGCGGGCGGGCGUUACGGAGGGCGGAGCGGUGGUGGAGCUCGCGGCGGAGGGAGUACUGCUGGCAGGUGCACGAGAGGGGGCACAGCGCCAGGAUGUGGAGGGAGAGGGAAACGGGGCAAAGGAGCGGGACGAUGGCUCGGCGGUGUCAGGGGCCGGCGCCGCCACCGCUGCUGCCGCUGGGGGCGGACGUGGUGGUUGCGGUGCUGCUGCGCAAGGGGGCCCGGCGGCCGACGGGCAGAGGGCCAAUGCGCCUGUGGCGGCUUUGGAGCCGCCUAAGGGCAGCUGCUGCAGUGAGGACGGAGGGUAUUCGGCGACGUUUGAGCUUGAUGGUGGUGAUGGUGGUGAUGGUGAUGUGGGAGCUAUUGGGGUAACAGAGGUGGAGGAGGCUGGCGAUGUGGGGAAGGAGGCUGGUGUGGCUGGCAGUCAGGAACAUGGGAGCGGCUGCGAGGGUGACGAGGGUGACGGCGGCGGCGGCGACACGGGAGCGGGUGCGGGAGGACAGGGGCAGGUGGAGGAUGUACGAGUCACGCAGGUGCGUAAGGCCCAGCGCCAGCUGCAGGACGCUCUGCUCCGGAGCCUGUACGGCAUUGCAUCCAGCGGUCAUUGCCAGAAGCCGCAGCAGGCGGUUCAGGAGGCCUUAAGUGAAGCCGGGGAUUCAGUGGUGGAGCGAUUGGCAGCAGUACUGUACGGCGCACGGCAGCCGCCAUCAUCAGCGGGAGCGGGGGCGGCAGUAGCUGCUGCUGCACCCUCCAGGGAACAGUUCACCCUGGCCGCUUCCUGCGCCGCCGCCUACCUGCUGUGGCUGCUGGCGUCCGGGGACUUUAGUGCCUCAGAGACCUCCCAACUCAACAUCAUGCGGACCAGAAUGGGAAAAGAUGCGCCCGCGCAAGACGAGCGCGGCCACCGUGCCGCCGCUGAUGCAGGCAUCAAUGGCGGUAGCCGGUACGACACCAAGGGCUUCGGUGUUGUACCAGCUGUUGCGCACCUGUUGCUGAACCGGCUUCCUGGCUGGAGGGACCCCAACUUCGGUGACUGCGUGUCGGCCGCUGGUACGACGUCGCCGCUGCCGCCACCGCCAAAGCCAGCCGUGCAUGGAAAGAUGCAUGGCGGCCGCGGCGCCACCAAUGUUGCACUCGGCCUCGUGCAGAAGCUUGGCGCACAGUACGGCACCUCCAUUGCUGCUGACACCGCUGCUGCAGGCAGCGGUGCGGCAGUGGCCAUCGCACACCGUACCGGGCAUUCCACUCCGUCCAGAGGGGUCGGAGGUGCGGGUGGCAGCGGCGCCAUUGUGAGGGGUGGUGGUGCUGGUGGUGGAGCAGGCGCCUUGGCAGCUGCGGCAGUGGCGCCGCCACUUCAACAGACACCAGAGGCGGCCUCCACCGACCCACGGGUCAUGCCUGACGCGGCGGCCACUGGCGACGCGACGGUGGAGCGGCAGCUGGCACCGUUGCGGACUGGGUCCACUAGGGGGUUACUGCUGACGGGCUCCCUAGGCACCCGGGCAGUUGCGGACGGCUCCCCCCCUCUUCCGGGAGCUUCUCCGCGGGAGGUGAGACCGCCGCCGCCGCCAUUGGUACCGGCAGUAGCGACGUGGCUGAACGCCAUACAUUCUGUUCGGCAGGUUCGGGUAUCGACCGUGCCGACAGCAGCGCAGGUCCAGGAGCUGCAGACCUGCUGCAUGGGAGUGCUGGCAGCAGUUGCGCUCAGCGCCGGUGGAUGCAAGGCCAUUUGUAGUCAGCCGGGGCUUAUGCCGUACAUCGCGUCACUACUGGAGCUGCCAGAUGUUGAUGACGGCGCGCCGCCGCCCCGCUCGACAGCUGCCGCUCUGAGUGGAAGUGGGCAGGACCUCAGGCUGCAGCUGCUGGCUCUGCUGACCAACCUCAGCCUACAUGCCUCUAGCACCACCUCAAGGCCGCUGGCUGAGGGGCUGUACGGCACUGCGGAGAGGUCAGUACGACAGCUAUCGGAUAGCACCUCGAGCUGGAGGCUGGGGGCGCAACUGCUGGAGUCAUGUUUCAUCGUGAUGACCAACUUGCAUCGGGCCCGCGUGGAGCUCGGCCUGCCGCCGGAUCCGACCACUGCAUGCAUGCUUGACUCCGCCAUCACGGUGUACGAGGGUGUGGGACGAACACUUGCCCGGCCGCAAAAAUUGCGUUCUCGCGGCGGCAGCUGCGGCGGCGCCGCUGCCAAGGGUACGGCGGCCCGGCGGGCUGCCGCUGAAGAGGAGAAGGCGGUGCUGUCGGAGCUCGUUUGGCUGCUGGCCGCCAGAGGGGUUGGUUGGGGUGGCGGCGGCACCGCUGCUGUUGUGGUGGUGGCGGCGGAGCGUGCCGCUGUCGAUGCUGCCAGUGUGCUGUGGCAGCUGAUGGCCAGCGGCACGGUGCAUCCGGAGGUAUUGUUUUGUGAUCUGGAGGCGCACCUGGUGUCGGUUCUUGGGAGCCCCAGGGCGGCGGCGGUGGACUCAGAGCGCCCGGCGGCACUGCACCUGGCAGUGCUCGGACUAGUGUCAUGUCUGGCACGCUGUACGGCAGUCGCGCGGCGGCUGUGGACAUCACCGCUGCUGCCGGCGGUGAUGAAGGCGCACGGGCUGGCGCGGUGGCGCUGUGCUGACGGUGGCACGGAGGCGUGGACGCCUGUGGUGGAGUGCGUGCGGGGUGUAUGCCAGACGUUGUGUCGUGCGUGCCACACUGUGGAUCGUGGUUUUGUAGUGGGGCCGGACAAGCGGGUGGAUAAAUGGGGCCUUACGGAGCGGUUGUUGGUUGAGGUCAGAUGCACGUUGCAGUACGAUGAACAGGAAGACGCAAUAAUGCUGGUAGCCAAGAAGGAGGAGGUGGCUGGGGCUGGAGGCCGACUGGCUGAGUACGACGAUUAG